AUGCCCAACGACCGCGAAAAUGGAUUGUCCUCUCCAUUGUUGCGGACGAAGCCCUCGCCUGAAGAGGAGCCCACCAGUCGCCAGCGCAAUCCAUACAUGGAUUGGUGGCUGCGCAAAUGGCGGCUACUCUUGUACACAGUCUGCUUGUUAGUGGCAUCUGUUGGGAACACUGUCUUUUUCAAGCGGAUGACGUCGGCCAUGCCCAACUACGGAUGGUAUUUGACGCAGCUUUCCACACUGAUUUAUGUUCGAAAGUUUGCAUUGAUGGGAGUCUUCGAUGGCCUCAGUGGAACCUUCAUGGUUCUUGGAGGGGUACACACUUCUGGCACCCUGCAAGUGCUGUUGGGCCAGGCGGUCAUUCCGGUGACGAUGAUGCUGUCCGUGCUCCUGCUCCGGAAGCAGUACCAUGUGUUGCAGUACCUGGGAGCCACCACCAUCAUCAUGGGCAUUGUUCUGGAUAAGGCCAAAGCAGCGUGCCAGCUUCAAGUACCUGACUGCUUCGUCAUAAAACGUUCGGGGAUGGAGUGUAGGCGCUAG